AUCCUCUUCCGGGGCAGAGGUCAGAUGGCCCCGCCCCCUAUUCGCAAAGAUGGCGAGCGGCGGCAGCGGGGGGGUUUCGGUGCCUGCGCUGUGGAGUGAAGUGAACCGUUAUGGACAGAACGGCGACUUCUCGCGCGCUCUGAAGACCGUCAACAAACUACUACAGAUCAACAAGGAUGAUGUGACUGCCCUGCACUGUAAAGUGGUCUGCCUUAUUCAAAAUGGAAGUUUCAAGGAAGCCUUGAAUGUCAUCAAUACACAUACCAAAGUUUUAGCCAAUAACUCUCUCUCGUUUGAGAAAGCAUAUUGUGAGUAUAGGCUCAACAGAAUUGAAAAUGCCUUGAAGACAAUUGAAAGUGCCAGCCAGCAGACAGACAAACUAAAGGAGCUAUAUGGACAGGUGCUAUACCGUUUGGAACGCUAUGAUGAAUGCUUAGCUGUUUAUAGAGAUCUUGUCCGAAAUUCCCAAGAUGAUUAUGAUGAGGAGAGGAAAACAAACCUUUCAGCAGUUGUUGCAGCUCAGAGCAACUGGGAAAAAGUGGUUCCAGAGAACUUGGGCCUCCAAGAAGGCACCCACGAACUGUGCUACAACACCGCGUGUGCACUGAUAGGACAAGGCCAGCUGAACCAAGCAAUGAAAAUCCUACAGAAAGCAGAAGAUCUUUGCCGGCAAUCAUUUUCAGAAGACUCUGAUGGGACAGAGGAAGACCCACAGGCAGAACUGGCCAUCAUUCAUGGUCAGAUGGCCUAUAUCCUGCAACUUCAGGGUCGUACAGAGGAGGCUUUGCAGCUUUACAAUCAGAUAAUAAAACUCAAGCCAACAGAUGUGGGAUUACUAGCUGUAAUAGCAAAUAACAUCAUUACCAUUAAUAAGGACCAAAAUGUCUUUGACUCCAAGAAGAAAGUGAAAUUAACCAACGCAGAAGGAGUGGAGUUUAAGCUUUCCAAGAAACAACUGCAAGCUAUAGAAUUUAACAAAGCUUUACUUGCUAUGUACACAAACCAGGCAGAGCAAUGCCGCAAAAUAUCUGCUGGUUUACAGUCCCAAAGUCCGGAGCAUCUCCUGCCUGUGUUAAUCCAAGCUGCCCAGCUUUGCAGGGAAAAACAGCACACAAAAGCAAUAGAGCUGCUUCAGGAAUUUUCAGAUCAGCAUCCAGAAAAUGCAGCUGAAAUUAAGCUGACCAUGGCACAGCUGAAAAUUUCUCAAGGUAAUAUUUCCAAAGCAUGUCUGAUAUUGAGAAGCAUAGAAGAGUUAAAGCAUAAACCAGGAAUGGUGUCUGCACUAGUGACCAUGUACAGCCAUGAAGAAGACAUUGAUAGUGCCAUUGAGGUCUUCACACAGGCUAUCCAGUGGUACCAAAACCAUCAGCCCAAAUCUCCUGCUCAUUUGUCCUUGAUAAGAGAAGCAGCAAACUUCAAACUGAAAUAUGGGCGAAAGAAGGAGGCAAUUAGUGACUUAGAGCAGCUAUGGAAACAAAAUCCAAAAGAUAUUCAUACCCUGGCACAGCUUAUUUCUGCGUACUCACUUGUAGACCCAGAGAAAGCAAAAUCUCUUAGUAAACACUUGCCCUCAUCAGAUAGUAUGUCUCUAAAAGUAGAUGUCGAGGCUCUUGAAAAUUCUCCUGGUGCUACGUACAUUCGGAAGAAGGGUGGAAAAGUCACUGGAGACAGUCAACCAAAGGAACAAGGUCAGGGAGACUUGAAAAAGAAGAAGAAGAAAAAGAAAGGAAAACUGCCUAAGAAUUAUGACCCAAAAGUUACCCCAGAUCCAGAAAGAUGGUUGCCAAUGCGAGAACGUUCUUACUACCGAGGAAGAAAGAAGGGUAAAAAGAAGGAUCAGAUUGGAAAGGGGACUCAGGGAGCAACAGCAGGAGCUUCCUCUGAACUAGAUGCCAGUAAAACUGUGAGUAGUCCACCCACCUCCCCAAGACCCGGCAGUGCGGCAACUGUCUCUGCUGCUACAAGCAACAUCAUACCCCCAAGACACCAGAAACCUGCAGGAGCUCCAGCAACGAAAAAGAAACAGCAGCAGAAAAAGAAGAAAGGAGGAAAAGGCGGCUGGUGAUAAGAAGGUCCUCAGUCCAGGGUGUUUUUAAGCUAGUCUCAGUGACUCUAGGAACAUAAUAAAGGUAACACAGCGAGAAGCACAGAACUGCUCCCUCUUCCAUCUCUGUAUUUCCACAAAAUUUUUUGUGCAUCAAAUAGGAAAACAUCUUCAAACUGUCGUGUUAGAUUUGGCCUACUUGUCCCAUAGUUUUGCACACAGUAUGAGGAUUGAAGAUGAUCAGGCAUUUGCUCACCUUGAUAUCUGUUGUGUCCUUUAUCUUUGUUGAUUUGAUCUUUUUUCCAUUUCGCAAAUAAGGUACAUUACAACAGAGACUAUCUCUGCUUUUGCAACUAGAGUCUGAAGAUUGAUGAUGCUUGUUUCUAUCAAGUCCCACUUUAAAUUAUGUCUCAGAAGGCUCUGGGAGACUGAAGUGGAAUCUUUGAGCAUUCCAAAUAUUUGCUUAGAAAUAUCAUGUGAUAAAAAGGGACCUUAUUAAAACUCUGGUGUUCUUCAUUUAGCUAAAUGAGUGGCCCACAAACAGACUACAGUAAAUGUCUUAAACAAUUUUAACCACAGAUUCUCUGUCGUCUGAUACGAGAAUAUGAGCAGCUUUGUGCCAUUUGUGCCCUUUUAAUUUUCAGAUUAUGUUAACUGCUGAUUUAGCACCAGUGAAGACCUCAAGAAAAUCUAUCAAUGUUGCAAAUAGUUUAAGACCCAGUGUUCAGAGAUCAGAUGGUUUCGACUGUCUCAAUCAAAAAGAUUAAUGUUCCUAUCAAGAACAUCAAUUGACUUCAUUACAUAGAGAGGAAAUCAAUACUAUACAGUAUUAAAAUCUGACAGAACUGGUUGGCCCCAUUAAUAUAUUCAAAUGGUUCUUCUUUCUAGUAAUGGGUUGUGACCAUUCAUUACCUUUCCCAAAGUAAUGAAGUGUUUUAGUCAGUUUGUGAUAUAAAUGUUGCUUAUCUUUCCUUGCCUACAAGCCACUCUCAUUCAACAGCUGUGAGAUGUUAGGAUGCCUGCCCUUGUUGGUGUUCAUCUUUUGCUGUCCAAGGUAUCAUUCAUUUUAGACUUUUAACUAUUUCCUUGUGAUCAUAUUACUCUGUUCUUGUUAAUAAAGUGCUGCUGUGUUUGACUGAA